AUGGCAACAAAAAAUUAUGAUUUAUUAUUCAAAUUACUUUUGAUUGGAGAUAGUGGUGUUGGAAAAAGUUGUAUUUUAUUUCGUUUUUCGGAUGAUUCGUUUAAUACAUCAUUUAUUCAAACGAUUGGAAUUGAUUUCAAAAUAAAAACAAUUGAACUUGAUAGCAAAAAAAUAAGACUUCAAAUAUGGGAUACUGCUGGUCAGGAAAGAUUUCAUUCAAUUACUACUAGUUAUUGUCGUGGUGCAAUGGGUAUUAUGUUAGUCUAUGAUGUGACACAAGCACGUUCAUUUCAAAAUAUGAAUAAAUGGCUACAUAGUAUCGAUGAUCAAGCAUCGGAUGAUGUUGUCAAAAUGUUAAUUGGAAAUAAAUGCGAUAUGGUAGAUGAACGUUGUAUACCAAAACAACGUGGUGAAUUAUUGGCAAGAGAACAUUCAAUAAAAUUUGUAGAGACAAGUGCUAAGGAUAACAUUAAUAUAGAAAAAUCAUUUUACGAAAUGGCACGUUUAAUAUUGAAAAGAACAGCUGGCAAUAUAAACAAUCUACCAAAGUCAUUACCAGAUUUGAACAGACCAAAUCAAACGAACUGUUUAUAUUGUAUGUAA